UAAAGUCCCGCUGCGUCUGCGGCUCCUUCACUGACUGAAACUAAACCGCUACUGCUGCUCAGCUUCAGAAACACUCCACAGUUUACCAGACCAUCCCCACUCGUUUCUCCUCCAGUUUUAUUCUGGGCUGCAGUCACAACAAUGAAGGAGAGAAGACUCCCGCAGCCUUUUGUGGCGAGGUGUAAACUGGUCCUGGUUGGAGACGUUCAAUGCGGUAAAACAGCGAUGCUGCAAGUGUUGGUGAAGGACUGCUAUCCAGAGACUUACGUCCCCACUGUGUUUGAGAACUACACGGCUUGUCUGGAGCUUGAAGACCAGCGUGUUGAGCUCAGUCUGUGGGACACAUCAGGCUCUCCAUAUUACGACAACGUCAGGCCCCUCUGCUACAGCGACUCAGACGCAGUGUUGCUAUGCUUUGACAUUAGCCGGCCGGACACAGUAGAUGGUGCCCUGAAGAAGUGGAAAGCAGAGAUUCAGGACUUCUGUCCCAACACUCGAAUCCUGCUCAUAGGCUGUAAGACAGACCUGCGAACGGAUGUGUGCACACGCAUGGAGCUGUCCAAUCAGAAACAGGCUCCAGUCUCCCAUGAACAGGGUUCAUCUUUGGCCAAGCAGCUCGGUGCUGAAGCUUAUCUGGAGUGCUCGGCUUUUACUUCGGAAAAGAGCAUCCACAGUGUUUUCCGUACCGCAGCUCUUGCCUGCAUGAAUAAACUGCAGCCUCCCAACAAACCCAGCCCGGUCCGCCGCCUCUCCAAAAGACUGCUACACCUUCCCAACAAGACAGAUCUCCUUAGCAAGGACAAGUCCAAAAGUUGCUCCAUCAUGUGAACACAGCAAGGAGCUCGGAGUAUGGAAAGAGAGGACAGUAUUCUACCUGGUUCAGGUGGGGUCCAGGGUGUGCAAGGGAAAGAGAGCAAUCAUCGAGAUUUUCACAAAACCUUUUACUCUUUUGCAUCAUCCUUCUCUAACUCCUGGCUGCCACAGUUUCCACAGAUAGAAACUAUUUGAAGUGGAGUUUCAUGAUCCUGUACAAAUGGAGAGAAACAUGUUGCAGCCCCACAUAAAGGUUGUUGUGAAUCAGCUUAACAAUGCUCCGUUUCUUAACUCGUCCAUGAAGGAAGCAUUGUUUCCCCUCCAUUAAAGUGAUGAAAUCAAUUUAAAGCUCUGAUAGCAGUGCCGUAUCCCAUCCAUCUCUCUGUCCGGAUGCCGUUUAAAGGUCACAGCAUAGGCUGAGUGAUGAGAACGUAAAAUCUGAGAAUGAAGCUGCAUCUGCAGAAACCUAGCUGAGGAGAUCGUAAAAAAUUAUUCCCCCACCAGAGCUCUCGCCGUAAUAUCUAUUUUGAAAUUAAAGUUGACAGCAGAACAAAAAAGAUGACAAAAAGGGAGGGAUUUGGCAAGCGGUGCGCUCAUUUGCAGAAGGCAGUGGGAGGACAAAGUGAGUCCGUGAAGAAGUGCAAUGUGAUUCAGCACUACCAUGAGCCGCAAGGUCGAAAAGGGUGGAUGCAUUUUGUUAAAUACUUUCCACCUGUUUUCAGGAGGUUCUCUGCCAUGCACCAUCACCACACAAGUUCAGCAACCAUAGCUAUUUAUUUUAGUGGCGUUACAUGGAGGAAUUAUAUUUCCAGACUGUUAAUGGGUUCAAUUUUCAUUUUGUUUACUUUUUUCUUAGUCUUUUUUUAUAUAGAAGAGACCAAGAAAAGAGGAUUUUUUUUGUGCUCCAAAAUAAGUCAAUGGAUUAUCUAUGUUUCAGAAAUACUCUUCCUCACGGGCAAUAAGGGGAACAAUUGUUCAGCUUGGUUCUACAAAUAUGUACUCAUUACAGCCUACUGUCCUGAAACCUGGCCAGAAGACAUCACACCAGUGACUAAUCAGUUAGCACCCCAAAAUAAAACUAAACCUGAUAUAUCUUUUUUUCUGCAUGUUUUUUGCUUGUCAUACUCCACAGAAUGUAGGAUCUUGUAGCAAAGAGCUGAAAGUAAACACAACAACAUUGUGCCGUCCUCAUCCAUGACCUUCUUGUUCUUAAAGGGAAAGUUCAGAAUUUUUGAAGCAGGCUUUAAAAGAUUACGAUUUGUGAUUUCUGAAACCCUGCUAAGACUUGAAAAUUCAGCAUGAGCCAUGACAGUCGUCAGCCUUACUGUUAUCUGCUGAAAUUCUUGCUCUCAUUCAUAGCCUGAGAGAACUGAAGACAUGGAACCAGACUUCUUCCGACUGUAACAACUUUAACACCAAAGAGUGUUGUUAUUAUGGACUUGUUAUUAUUGGGGACUUGGCUAAAAACAUUGGUCAUUACAAGAUUUUUCCUCUUUAGAUCUGAUGACUCUCACAGCAUCUUAAUUUGUAUGAAUUGAGAUUAGUUGGUAACAGAUGCUAAAGCUAACUGCUAGUCCAAGCAUAGCUAAGCACAAUACAGACUUCCACAGUCCUAAAAGUGUGCCAUCAAUUAGCUUCCCUGUGAAACGUGUAGUGAGAACAUUUUUCCACUCAGAAUAAAUUAUAAAAAAGUAAUAUAGUGCAUAAAAAAUAAAUAAGUGAACAACCUCCAUUUUCUACCUGUUUAAAUAAACAUAGCUUUUGUGUCCAAACUUGUGAUACGCAAAUAUCACAAGAAUUUAAAGAUUAAUAACAUAGCAUUGCAUAAACCACAAUGACAUUUUCGUUAUUGUGAGAUUUUAAGAUAAUAAAAGUUGGAAGUGCUACUCUGAUUAGCUGUUUUCUAUAGUCUCCAGGAGCAACGGUGGAUGGUGAGAGAACUAUGUACUGCAGGAGAAAUGUAAAUUAUUCAUAACCUUCUACAGAAUCCCACUUCAAAAAUCAUGGGCUAUCACUUAUUUUUCUGCCAUUGUCAUUUAGGUUUUGGAGUUUGUGCUGCAUGCUUCUGUAAAGAGGAACCUCUAGCCUGAUACCUUAAACUAUUUCAAUUUGUGAAAAUAAAAUGCUCCUUUCUGGCUGCUAA